UUUCGUGAGUACUGGGCGACGCGUGUAGUAGUCGAUCCGUUAAUAUUAUUAUUAUAACAAUAUAUUAUCAAUUAAUCGAUUUUUUUUCAACGAGUGCAGUGAGGACGAGCUUUUUUUUUAAUUUUUUGAUAAGAUCGACAUUUUACGAUAUAACUAAAUUUAACGUGUCACUAUAUCGUCAUUAUUGUUACGGUUUAUUUAUUUUUUCCGAUUAAUUAUCUCGCUCGAUCCGCGGACCAAUCGAACGUAUUGACUUUUCGUACUUCUAUAUUAUUCUAUUUAAAGAUUAUCGCGCAGUCGUUUUUACCGGCUUGACAAAACUCCGUCGUCGCAGCCGAUUGGGUUCGUUUUUUUAAUAGUUUUUUCGUCUUCGUUUUUUGCCGAGUGUGCGUUUUUCAACACUUCGUUUUAUUUACCGUCACUCGUCGAUCGACCGUGCGUAAUUUAUUGACGUGUGUGACGUGCGUGGGAGUGAACGAUAAUCGCGGGGACAAUCCGUGAUCGUCGUCGAUACACAUGAUCAUGAUUUGGCGCGCGUGCGGUGGCGGCUAAUACGAAAUGAUCGACAUGCAGAUGAUCGACAGACUGGCCCAAGACGACAAACAAGACGGGCGGCAGCAAUCUGAUGGACAGCUUUAUUGUCAGCACGUCAGGACUUGUGCCACUACUGGACAUCAUAAAGCCAAAUGUGCGACUCAAGAUUUGUUCGAAUUACUCGAAAGAGUUCAGAGCAACCGAUUGGAUGACCAGAGAUGUGUUCUACCACCAUACUUCGCUCAAACAUCAAGAGAUGAGCGGACGAGUAGUGUACCUACGCCGGAAGCAGCCGGAAAUGGAUCCCGUGAACUUUUAGAAGAGACAUUGAAGGGUCCUAAACCAUAUCCUAACAUCGUUUUACCGACCAGCGGUGGUUUUUGGAUUGAUGGCCAGGACCAAAAUGAGUACGAGCCUGCUGCUACUACCGGUGGAGCUUGUACGUGGAAUAAUAAAAUCGAAACCGAUGACACAGCCAAAGCUUAUCGCAGAUACUACAUGGGAAGGGAACACUUCAACUUUGUCGGAACGGACGAUCAACUUGGUCCAGUGUUGCUGAGCGUGAAAACCGAAAGCAUGUCUUCCCAAGAGCAAACGAGACUCUUGUUGCGGCUACGGACUGGCACCACGCACGAACUGUUGCCUUCAUUGUGCGCCACUUCAGCGCCCCACCACAUGGCCAGGUUGUUAAACGAUCAGCUAUCAGUUACCAAUAUGUCACCCGUUUUGAGUUGUAAAACGUCUCAACUAAUUGCCGCCUAUGACGAACACGUUCUUGUGUCACACUUCAAAUUUGGUGUAUUAUAUCAAAAGUACGGUCAAACUAGCGAGGAAGAAUUAUUUUCUAAUCAACAUACUUCGCCCGCGUUCGAUCAGUUCCUGCAAUUACUUGGUCAGCGGAUACAACUGAAAGACCACAAAGGGUACCGAGGAGGUCUAGACACGCAGUUUGGUCAGACUGGCGAUGAAGCCGUUUAUCAAGUGUUUAAAGACAGAGAGAUCAUAUUCCAUGUAUCUUCUUUACUUCCGUACACCGAUAACGAUCCUCAACAAUUACAAAGGAAAAGACAUAUCGGUAAUGACAUUGUGGCAAUAGUUUUUCAAGAAUCCAACACCCCGUUCACCCCAGACAUGAUAGCGUCACAUUUCCUACACGCCUAUAUCGUCGUCCAAGUGAUCGAGCCCAACACUCCCAACGUUAGGUAUAAGGUCAGUGUAACCGCCCGAGACGACGUGCCUUUCUUCGGACCGACAUUGCCCAACCCGGCCGUAUUCAGACACGGUCCAGAUUUUAAACAGUUCCUCCUCACCAAGCUUGUAAAUGCAGAAAACGCCUGUUACAAAGCCCAUAAAUUCGCUAAGUUAGAGUUGAGAACCAGAACGUCUUUGUUGCACUCGUUGUGCGAGGAGCUGAAAGACAAGACCAAAGACUUUCUGGGGCACAACGAAGGUGGUAGUGGCGGCACCAGUGCCGGGACGGGCGGAGCGAGUGGUGGCCUGGGCGGCGAACUGACCAAGUCGUCGGCGGCCUCGUCAUCGUCGUCGUCGUCGGAAUGCGGCAACGGUACCAUCUCAGGAGCAGGUAGCAGGUUCAUAGACACGGUACGCAAAGCGCUCAUAGCCCGAGUCAAGACGCAAACGUUGUCUAACGUCGAGGCGAACAACAACGUUUCGGGCGGCCUAUCCAAGAAGACCAGCAGUUGUUCGGCAGACGGGUCCAUACCGAGCUUUGGCAGAUCGUUGUCAAAGAGCAGCAAAAAGAGUUCGCCCUCAUCACCUAUAUCCAGUCCAGACAUCCAUCCGGUGCAUAGGACUUCCAGUGGAGCUAGCCGCGUGGCCAUGUCGGAAAGCGAUUCGUCGUCGUUAAACAGCGUCGAACUCGACGGCCUGGGCAUGGCAGGCGCUGUGGACAGCGACACCGGUCUAGAGAGUAUGUCGUCGGCCGAGACGCCCAGCGGCAAGCCUUGCAGCAUGUGCUGCUGUGACGCACCGAACAACGACUCCCGAGUGGAAGGUCUUCGGCAAGACGUAACCAGGUUAAAGUGCGACAAACUAGAGCUGUUAAGACAGAACGUGAGUUGUCAACACGAAAUAAAGAGGUUGCGAGAGAAAGAACUAGUGCUACAGUCGGAACUCACGUCCGCGUCCAAAGAGAUUCUUAGGUUGAGGGAACUGUUGAAAAACUACACCACCAACCCUAACUCUUCGACUGUUUGAAUAUAGGAUACCUAUCGAUUUUGCGACGAAAGAAGAUAAAACCUUCAUUAGUCGUUCACUCGCACCGUCGCGAAAUCAUUCAACUUCUGCGGCGAAUAUUUCUUCUGGGACAACCAUCUAUGGCCACUGGUGAAUAACAAUAUUCCAUCUUACUGGAUGGAAAUAAUAUAGCAUAACGCGAUACCAAAGUAUUACAUAUUAUAUAAUUAUUAUUUUCAAAACGAUUUGAUUUUAUCGUUAUUAUUAAUCUAUGUUGGAUUGUAUUUACCUACUAAAAUUAGCGUUAAUAAUGUAAAUCCAUUAUUAUAUUUAUUUUUAAUUGUGCUUGUAAUCGUUAAGAGAAAACAAUAAUAUUGUAUAAAGCAUAUACCAAAGUAUUAAUAAUUGACGUUUGAAUAUUAUUAUUCGACACUUAAUUUCCGUGUGAAAAUUAAGUGUCAAUAAUUUAGUGUUAAAAUAGCAUUGUGUAUGACGUAAUCACACUAUUUUAUGUUAAUUUAUUUAUUUAAUUGGUUGAUAAUUUAUUGACUGUAAAAUUCAUCCUAUAUGUCACGAAAAUUGUAAAUACAAUUAUUACAUAGUUUUAAAUUUAAAGGGGUUUUUUUUAAGUGUGUAGUAGUAAAAAAAACUUAACAAAAUAUUACCAUUUACAUGUUGGUGCAAAUAAAUUUGAGCGCAUAUUAUAAUAU